CCCAGACAAAAACUAGAGCUGUGACUGAGAGGUCGCCUCCUCCGUCUCAUCACCCAGUGGAUAACAUGGAAGAGACAUUUACGACGUACAUGACCACAGGAACUGAUUAUGCUGGAACUAAUUAUUCUGGAACUCAGGGCCCGACUGAAUACCCAGACGACUACGGUUCCGAGCCGACAGGCAUGUGUGACAGGAUCUGGGUGAGGGGUUUCCGCGCGCAGUACGAACCGCCUCUCUUCUGGAUCAUCUUCCUCCUCGGCGCCGUGGGCAACCUGAUGGUGGUUUGGAUCUACACCACCGUGCGCAACCGCCUGAAAACCAUGACCGACGUGUACCUGCUCAACCUGGCGCUGGCUGACCUCUUCUUCCUGUGCACGCUGCCCUUCUGGGCUGUCGACGCCGUCAAGGGCUGGGUCGUUGGCGUCGGCCUCUGCAAAAUGGUGUCGGCGGUCUAUAAGAUCAACUUCUUCAGCAGCAUGCUCCUGCUCACCUGCAUUAGCGUGGACCGCUACAUUGCUAUCGUACAAGUCACCAAGGCCCAGAACCUGAAGAAAAAGCGGCUGCUCUGCAGCAAGCUCGCCUGCCUGGGUGUCUGGCUCGUCUCCGCCCUCCUGGCCCUCCCGGAGUUCCUCUUCGCCCAGGUGAAGCCGGACCGAAGCGGGCAGUCCUUCUGCGCUCUGGUGUUCUGGAACAACGCGUACAACCGCACCAAGAUCCUGGUUCUGUCCCUGCAGAUCUGCGUGGGCUUCUUCCUCCCCCUACUCGUCAUGUUGUUUUGUUACUCGGUCAUCAUUCGCACGCUCCUGCAGGCCAAGAGCUUCGAGAAGCACAAGGCCCUCCGCGUCAUCUUCGUCGUGGUGCUUGUGUUCGUUCUCUCUCAGCUGCCGCACAACGGCCUGCUGAUGAUGGAGGCCGCGCAGGCCGCGAACACCACGAUCACCAACUGUAACGUCGUGUACGGGUUCGAUGUGGCUGGACAGAUCGCCAAGAGCCUGGCGUUCACUCACGCCUGCCUCAACCCAUUCCUGUACGUCUUCAUUGGGGUGCGCUUCAGACAAGACCUCGUGAGGAUCGUGAAGGUGUGCGCUGGCGCUCUGGGAAAAGGAGGGCUCAGUCAAAUACAGGCAGCUCCCAAACGUCCCUCUGUCAUGUCAGACACUGAUACGACACCUGCCCUUUCUAUAUGAAGGCCCAUGUUUCCCAAAACCUGAAACCUGAUUCUCGUUCAACAUAAUAUUUACGUUUGUUCACCAGCGUUAUUCUUACUGCGAGAGUUUACAUUCAUAUUCUGACAGUCACAAUCCCAAUUGUUCUGGAGUCACUGUAUAAACUGUACAUUUGUGUAAAUACUUUUUAAAGUGUUUGUAUUCUUACAUUUUCUUUUUCCCCAUUAUGUAUGUGUUGCGGGCUGCUGUAACUGAAUUAAAACCAACGAAACAAUUGUAAUUUUUAUUUUCGCGUAAAAAAACAAACAUCGAUUAAAAAUGGCAAAAGGGCA